AUGGAUGAGACAAAGUCAACUUCUAUUGAUUCCUCUAAAUCCCAAGAAAAGUUAUCCGAAGCUGAUUCGAGAUUACAAAUCGAGAACGAGGGAGAGAAAACUCAAAAAAGACCUAAUUCUCCAACAGCGGCUGAAACACCCCCUGAGAAAAAACAAAAGGUUAAAAAGGGAAAAGAAAAGAAGAAAGUUAAAAGCCAAAUUGAUUUGGAUAAACAAUGUGGGGUAAUUAAUUCACAUAAUAAUAAACCUUGCACACGUUCAUUAACUUGCAAGAGUCAUUCGUUGACCUUGAAACGAAGUGUAACGGGUAGAUCGCAACUAUUUGAUACUCUACUUUCUCGAUAUCAGAAAAAAUCCAUCGUACGCUCCCAAGGUGAAAAUAAUAAGCCAAAUAAUAAUAAUGAUAACAAUAAGCAAGAUGACGUAAAGGAAAAAGUAGAUGUAGAACAAAAUAUCGAUAUAUCUUCUUCAGCGCCAUAA